AAUCAGUUAGUUUACACUAGCUGGUAAAAAGAUAUUAAAUAUUGGAUCCUGGAUGUUGGAGCAACAGACUUUAAAGAGGUAGCUUUGACCUAUGCGUUACAGUACUGAGUAAAUAUACAUUUUCUACACGUGAAUGACUGAUGGAUGCCAUCUCAGGAUAUUGUAUUUGAUAAUGGUUCAAGUCUCCAUCAGUGCUUGCGCAAAACAAACGCUGAUGCCUAUUUGCUCGAAGAACUAGGCAUGAGUGUCUAUAGUCAAGAUGAAAACGCCCCACUUCUUGGAGACGAUAAUGAUAAUUUUCCUCCCGAUACAUAUUCACCAAUUGUAAAUGAUAUAUACGGCGAUGUUGAAUUCAAAAAGAUCGUGCAAAUGUCCAUCCAGGCUAUCGAGGCAGGAAUCCAUCCUGAGAGGAUAUAUCAGGGAUCAAGUGGAAGUUAUUUUGUGAAAAAUGCAGAUAAUAAGAAAAUUGCCGUAUUCAAACCUAAAGAUGAAGAACCUUAUGGCAAACUUAAUCCAAAAUGGACUAAAUGGAUGCAUAAACACUGUUGCCCAUGUUGUUUUGGUCGUUCAUGUUUAGUUCCAAAUCAAGGCUAUCUUUCCGAGGCUGGUGCUAGCCUUGUCGACCAAAAACUACGACUCAAUAUUGUUCCUACAACAAGAGUUGUUCGUUUAGUAAGCGAUAGCUUUAACUAUAGUGCAGUCGAUCGUGCAAAAUCUAAAACUAAACAACAUGUCGCUUCUCGAUUCCCUGAGAUAGGUCGUCAUUUCAAUCGCCUUGGACUUCCGCCUAAAAUUGGAUCUUUUCAACUUUUUGUUUCCGGUUGUCGAGAUGCCGACUAUUGGCUUCGUCAUUUUGAUAAUGAAGCACUUCCUAAACCUACUGCUAUGGAAUUCCAAUUUCAGUUUGAAAAACUUGUCGUUCUUGAUUACCUUAUUCGCAAUACAGAUCGUGGAAAUGAUAAUUGGCUUAUUCGUUAUCAAAGCUCAGAAUUGAAAGAAGAACCAGAUGAGAUCAAUAAAGAUGAUUGGGGAGUUGUCAAUAUGCCAAAGAUAGAAUUAUUUGCAAUUGAUAACGGUUUAGCCUUCCCUUUUAAACAUCCAGAUGAAUGGAGAGCGUAUCCAUUCUACUGGGCCUGGCUUCCUAUGGCUAAGGAACCAUUUUCAGAUUCAAUUAAAGAAGCUAUUCUUCCAUUAUUGUCUGAUAUACACUUUAUAAAUGGUUUGGUGCAUGAUCUUCAUAAUCUAUUCGAGAUUGAUCCAGGUUUGACUUAUCUACAUUUCACAAACAGAUGUCUGUUCUUCGUGGUCAGGUUGUUAAUCUUGUUGCAGCUUUACGUGAUUCAAAGAGUCCUUACGAUUUGGUAAGAAUGCCAGUACUCACAUUAGAACCAUCCAUUAAAAAACGUUCUACAAAAUCUCGAUGGCCACAUCAACGUUUUGCUGCUGGUCUAGCACAAGGUGAAAAUACAUUUAAUGAUAUUCAACCUUUUGAAAGUUAUACUGAUCAUAGAAUUAAUAAUAUUCCAUCAAAUAGUAUACAAACUAAUCAACAAUCAGUGUUAACUGAAAAUUGCAUAGGUAACCUUAUUGGUUAUGAUAAUUCAUUAGGUGUGGAUAAUAUUCAGCCUACUUCGAGUUCAACGCGUACAGCUGUAGAUGAUAUUGUUGUUGUUAAUGAUGAUGAUGAUGAUGAUAAACUGGAACAUGGACUUGUCGCUUUACCGACUUUUAGAAAUAAACAAACCAUAUUGAAUAAUACGUCUGAUAAUGGACAAAUUGAAGUAGAUUUGGCUGAUAGUGCUGGUGAUGAUAUAGAAGAUGGUAAUGAACAACGUUUCAAUUUACGUUAUUAUAAAAAGCCAUUUUUCACUUGGUUUUAAUCAAUAUCAUCAUCAUCAUCAUCAUCAACCACAGGAAGGAGGAAAUGUUGACAAUCAGCAAAAAAAUAAAUUGAUUUUAUUAUUUAUACUAUCUGUUAAAAGUCUUCAUCUUCUAUCCAUAUAUAUAUAUAUAUAUAUAUAUGGUAUUAAGGGAAAAGUUUAUCCAAAAAUGUCUUAAUAGCUUGUUUUUAUUCAUAGGAAUGAUCGUUUACACAGUUUACUUUCGUUUUUCUUGUUUUACACUUUCUUAUAUACUGUUUGCCAGUCAAUCACACACACACAUACACACCUGAAAUAUACCUUUUGUCUAAUUUUUCUCUAUUCAUUUUGUCUAUUUCAUUGUUGAUUACAUUUCUUUUGACUUAUCAAGCUAUGAAAUGAUUGCUACCAUUAUAUUGUCUACUUGAAUUGUGUACAGUGUUAAAAUUAGUUCUAUACACUCAUAUAUUUUUACGGUUGAUUAACAAUUUAAUGCUUUUGUAUUGUCUCAACUUCUACAAUAUAUAAUAGGUAUUUGUAGUUGAGAUAUAUAAUGGGAAGGAAUACUUCGAUUGACUUUUGUACACAUGCUUAAAUAUUAUUUCUUACAGGUGUCAUUUACUGAUGUAAUUUAUUAAACAGUUUUCUGUUGUUUCAAUUCGGUAAUUGUAUUCAAUAGUUUAUUAUCUUUAAUGUUUGUAAUCUUUAAUUAAUAUUUGUAAAUUGUAUUUAUUUUGUGAAUAAAUUCAAUUGUGUUUUAACUGAAUAUAUAUGAAAUUGUAUUCAUUUGUAUACUGAGUACUGUAUAUUUCAUCUUCUCAUUAACUGCAUUGAAAAAUUCUGUUAUGUUACCAAGUUUUCCUUAUUUUUCUGUUAUUGUUUUAUUUUCUGC